AUGGCCAAGUGCUUUGGCGGAGGCAGCCUUGCAGCAGACACAGAGAAGCAGAUCUUCCUGAAGACCCUGAUGGACAAGACCAUUGUCCUUGAGGUUGAGCCCAGCAGCACCAUCAAGAAUGUCAAAGCCAGGGAUCCCUGGAAAGAGUCCGCCCUGCACUUGGUACUUCCCCUGCGGGGCAACACCAUCAAGCCUCCCCUCAGUAAGCUGGCCCGGAAAUACAAGGGUGACAGGAUGAUCCACCACAAUGCUCGCCUGCACCCCCACCCUGCCACCUGCCACAAGCAGUGCAGCCACACCAACAGCCUGUGCCCCAAGAAGGUCCUUCGCCAGCAGGGUGGCCUCCUGCCUAAGCCCUAA